CAACCGGAAACAACGCAACGGACCUGUUUCAUUUGCCUUUGGUCUUGCGAUGAGAUGAUGACGGGAACGGAGCAGCCGCGGCCGCGAGGCGUAGCCAUAGAUUUCCUCGCAGCACGACAUGCUGCUCCUCAUCCACCAUGCCAUCCGACUCCGAGCCUCCCUCCCUGUCUGUACCCACCCGUAGCCCGGUAAACAUAAGUCGCCGCCAGCCCCAGCCCCAAGACCAAAUCCGAAUCUCCCCUUGCAACAAUCAUCCGUAACGCCGUCAUCGCCUUCCGCCCUGCGGCCGCGGGGAGACGCGAUGCAGGGACUCCACCGCCGCUACCGAUGGAUCAAGGAGUGGGUUCCGCAGGACCUUGUCAUCGCCGGCGGCCCGUGCGCGCUUUACAAGUGGGUGCGAGAGGAUAGGUUGGCUGCUCUUAAGUCCAAGGACAAGGAAGAAGGGGCAUGCACUGCAAAGCCUGACCCUGCCACUGAGGUUCUUUUCUUAUGCAGCUAUGAUGGCUGUGGGAAAACUUUUGUUGAUGCAGGUGCUCUUAGGAAACAUGCCCACGUGCAUGGGGAGAGGCAGUAUGUCUGUCACUACGAGGGAUGUGGGAAGAAAUUUUUAGAUAGCUCUAAGUUGAAGAGGCAUUUUCUUAUUCAUACAGGCGAGAAGAACUUCGUCUGCCCUCAUGAAGGUUGUGGCAAGGUUAUUACCAUGCUUUCUCCAUGUACUUGUUAUGCUUUUCUGUACAGAAUUUUGGUUCUUAAUCAUAUAUAAUUUGUACAUUUGAACAAGUUACCAGAAAUAUUUAAUUACGGAGAAAUGUUAUUUAUGUUAAUUAAAUAUAGAAAAGCUCCAUCAUUGGUUUCUGUUUUAGUUCUAUUUCUUAUCCUAGGGCUUGGCAUUUCAAUCAUUCUGUUGGUCGCAUCCGGCGCUGUGUGUGCGCGGCGGGUGCGGGAGCCGUGGAGCGUGGGGAGUGGGGCGAGCAGGCGCACCAUAGGUGCGGCGUGGCACGCGUGCGCGCGCGUGUAUAAGGUCUCCCCCCGGCCCUUGUGUAAUUGCUGAGGCUUACGAGUUCGUGCUCGUGGAAGUGGCGUUCGAGCGCCGGAAAAAAUCCUCCUGUGUCCACUGUCUUCUUCCUUCCUCUUCUUUGUUGUGUUAGAGAGAGAGUGAGAGGGAGGUGCAGCAAGCGAGAGGAAGAGGAAGGCCACGACAACAACAAUUGGUAUACAGAGCCAAGUUCGAGGGGCGGUUGCGGAGCGUGCGGCCGCGUCCGCGGCGCGCGCGGUGCGCGACGGACAUGAAGGUCUUGGCAACGGUGCGCGACGAGCGCAUGGCGUCGGCAAUG